CCGAUGAUUCGGCUCUUCUCGGCUCAGUCUCCCUGAAGCGCCCGUAGCCGCCGCCGUAGUCGCCAGCGCUUCCUUCUCCUGAAACCGGAGCCCGAGCCACCCGCCUUCCCCACCGCCGCCUCCGUGGGAAGAACGAGAGGGAGCCCACCCGGAGGAACCGCCACCGUCUACCUGGGAGAACCGAGCCCUACCGGGCCCAGCCGCCCGCCGUCAGCCCCUCGUAGCCGUUACCCGCGCGCCGCCGGCCGGGAGACAGGCGCGCGCCAUGGCCUCGGGAGCCGAUUCAAAAGCAGAUGACUUAUCAACAGCCAUUCUCAAGCAGAAGAACCGCCCCAAUCGGUUAAUUGUUGAUGAAGCUAUUAAUGAAGACAACAGUGUGGUGUCCCUGUCCCAGGCCAAGAUGGAUGAAUUGCAGCUCUUCCGAGGUGACACAGUGUUGCUUAAAGGCAAGAAGAGACGGGAAGCUGUGUGCAUUGUGCUUUCUGAUGACACGUGCUCAGAUGAAAAGAUUCGAAUGAACAGGGUUGUCCGCAACAACCUGCGAGUGCGCCUGGGGGAUGUCAUCAGCAUCCAGCCGUGCCCAGAUGUGAAGUACGGCAAACGUAUCCAUGUGCUGCCCAUCGAUGACACGGUGGAAGGCAUCACCGGCAAUCUCUUUGAGGUGUACCUCAAGCCGUACUUCCUGGAAGCUUAUCGACCCAUCCGGAAAGGUGAUAUCUUCCUUGUUCGUGGUGGAAUGCGUGCUGUAGAAUUCAAAGUGGUGGAGACAGAUCCCAGCCCCUACUGCAUUGUUGCUCCAGAUACAGUGAUCCAUUGUGAAGGGGAGCCCAUCAAACGGGAGGAUGAAGAGGAAUCUCUCAAUGAAGUGGGGUAUGAUGACAUUGGUGGUUGCCGGAAACAGUUGGCUCAGAUAAAAGAAAUGGUGGAACUGCCACUGAGACAUCCAGCCCUCUUCAAGGCCAUUGGAGUAAAGCCUCCUCGGGGCAUUCUGCUCUAUGGGCCUCCUGGAACAGGGAAGACUCUGAUUGCUCGAGCUGUGGCAAAUGAGACUGGAGCAUUUUUCUUUCUGAUCAAUGGUCCUGAGAUUAUGAGCAAGUUGGCUGGUGAGUCUGAGAGCAACCUGCGGAAGGCUUUUGAAGAGGCAGAGAAGAAUGCUCCUGCCAUCAUUUUCAUUGAUGAGUUGGAUGCCAUUGCUCCCAAGAGAGAGAAGACCCAUGGAGAGGUGGAACGUCGAAUCGUGUCACAGCUGUUGACUCUCAUGGAUGGUUUGAAGCAGAGGGCACAUGUGAUUGUCAUGGCAGCAACCAACAGACCUAAUAGCAUUGACCCUGCUCUUAGACGGUUUGGUCGAUUUGACAGGGAGGUAGAUAUUGGAAUUCCUGAUGCCACAGGACGCUUGGAGAUUCUGCAGAUCCAUACCAAGAACAUGAAGCUGGCAGAUGAUGUAGACCUAGAACAGGUGGCCAAUGAGACCCACGGACAUGUAGGUGCUGAUCUGGCAGCCCUCUGUUCAGAGGCAGCACUGCAGGCCAUUCGAAAGAAGAUGGACCUCAUUGAUCUGGAAGAUGAGACCAUUGAUGCUGAAGUCAUGAACUCCCUGGCUGUCACCAUGGAUGACUUCCGGUGGGCCCUGAGCCAGAGCAAUCCAUCAGCACUUCGGGAGACUGUUGUGGAGGUGCCACAGGUGACCUGGGAGGACAUAGGUGGUCUGGAGGAUGUCAAGCGAGAGCUCCAAGAGCUUGUUCAGUAUCCUGUGGAACACCCAGACAAGUUCCUCAAGUUCGGUAUGACACCUUCCAAGGGAGUCCUAUUCUAUGGGCCCCCUGGCUGUGGAAAAACCCUCUUGGCCAAAGCUAUUGCCAAUGAAUGCCAGGCAAAUUUCAUCUCCAUCAAGGGCCCUGAACUUCUCACCAUGUGGUUUGGCGAGUCUGAGGCCAAUGUCCGUGAGAUAUUUGACAAGGCCCGUCAAGCCGCCCCCUGUGUUCUGUUCUUUGAUGAACUGGAUUCAAUCGCUAAGGCUCGUGGUGGCAACAUUGGUGAUGGAGGAGGUGCUGCUGACAGAGUUAUCAAUCAGAUCCUGACAGAGAUGGAUGGUAUGUCCACAAAGAAAAACGUGUUCAUCAUUGGUGCCACCAACAGGCCUGAUAUUAUUGACCCUGCAAUUCUUCGGCCUGGCCGCUUGGACCAGCUCAUCUACAUACCCCUGCCUGAUGAAAAGUCCCGUGUGGCAAUUCUUAAGGCCAACCUGAGAAAGUCGCCUGUUGCCAAGGAUGUAGACUUAGAGUUCCUGGCCAAGAUGACUAAUGGCUUCUCUGGAGCUGACCUGACAGAGAUCUGCCAGCGUGCUUGCAAACUGGCUAUCCGUGAGUCUAUUGAGAGUGAAAUCCGACGAGAGCGGGAAAGGCAGACCAACCCCUCUGCCAUGGAGGUAGAAGAGGAUGACCCGGUCCCUGAGAUCCGCCGGGACCACUUUGAGGAGGCCAUGCGCUUUGCCCGCCGCUCUGUCAGUGACAAUGACAUCCGGAAAUACGAGAUGUUUGCCCAGACCCUUCAGCAGAGCAGGGGCUUUGGCAGCUUCAGAUUCCCCUCAGGGAACCAAGGCGGGGCUGGCCCCAGCCAGGGCAGUGGAGGAGGCACAGGCGGCAACGUGUACACAGAAGACAAUGAUGAUGACCUGUAUGGCUAAUCGGCAGCGGCUGGCCACGGAGCAAACUGGCCAGGCCUCGGUCCCCGGGGGAGGGAGGCACUUGCCUGAGAGGGACCGGGGGCACCCGGGGCCUGCUCCAUUCCUCAGUCCGAACAGUUAAGCUGCAGUCAGACUCUGGACAGGGGGUUUCUGUUGCAAAAAAUACAAAACAAAAGCGAUAAAAUAAAAGCGAUUUUCAUUUGG